GAUUCCAUUCGUUCGUUCUCUCAUGCCUCCCCAUGAGAGCUGCAGAAGGUAUCAAAGGAACAGGUUGUUUUACUACUUGUUUUGAUAGCUCUUGUUUUUAUGGCCCACUCCGAAAAUUACAAAAUUGCCCUUAAUGACAUAAAAAAAGCUUCAGAAUUAAUAUUUGGCUCUUCAAGAAGGGAUAAAGAACUGAAAAAUAUGAAAUACACGCAUAUCGAUCCUCAAAUACAAAUAGGACCUACCUGUGGCCUGGUUGCUCUUUCGAUGAUAUCUUCAUUAACACCCGUGAAAAUAUCAGCUGACGAAUUAAUCAAAAUCUCCAUAAAGGAAGGGUUUACGAUAAAAGGCGAAAUGUUUAGUGCAGAAAAUUUGACCAUUCUUACCAAAAAAAUACUGGAUGAUAUGUUCAUAAUCACUCAUCAUGUUGGAGGUCUUCAGAGGAGAAGGAAAGAAAUAGUUAACGAUUUGUUAAAUGACACGUUACUGCUUGUGCCUUAUGAUGCUGCUCAAAACCAUCAUCCAGGAUGUUUCAACGGUCAUAAAGCACAUUGGGCCAUCGUAUGUGGUGUCAUUGUCGACGGAUUUAAUCAUUAUUUAAUUGCUCGCCAAGGUAAAAGUAAGCAUGUUGGUAUUUGGCGUUUUGAAGAAUUAGCCGAAAGCAAUAAUAACCUCAAUGUCGUAUCACCAAAGAGGAGCAAAGAGGAAGGUGGCUACAUAUUUCAUGACAUUAAAAAAACACUUGCUGGCCACUAUGUUAGUCUUAAGAGGAAAUUUAUAUGAUAUCGAUGUUAUAAAACUAUUAAUCAGAUACAUUACUUGUCUGCAUCAAUGGCUGUUAAUUGAUUUUGAUGAAUAGGAGAUGAUUGUUUCAAAUAAUUAUUGCUUUGUUAGCUCAAAGCUACUGGAAUGUUUAUGUUUAUGUUGAAGUUUGUAAAUUAAGCAGUCUGCUUAAAAUAAACUAUUAUAACAAGUUUUA